AUGAAGGUGGUGCCCGCGGAGGUUCUGGCCCCCCAGGACCCCCAAGACCAGUUUCUGGACCCCCAAGACCAGUUUCUGGGGCCCCAGGACCCCCACGACCAGUUUCUGGGGCCCCAAGACCAGUUUCUGGCCCCUCAGGACCCCCAAGACCAGUUUCUGGGGCCCCAAGACCAGUUUCUGGCCCCUCAGGACCCCCAAGACCAGUUUCUGGACCCCCAAGACCAGUUUCUGGGGCCCCAGGACCCCCAAGACCAGUUUCUGGGGCCCCAAGACCAGUUUCUGGCCCCUCAGGACCCCCAAGACCAGUUUCUGGACCCCCAAGACCAGUUUCUGGGGCCCCAGGACCCGGCUCUGGCCCCCCAGGACCCCCAAGACCAGUUUCUGGGCCCCCAGGAGCCCCAAGACCAGUUUCUGGGGCCCCAAGACCAGUUUCUGGCCCCUCAGGACCCCCAAAACCAGUUUCUGGGGCCCCAAGACCAGUUUCUGGGCCCCCAGGACCAGUUUCUGGGCCCCCAGGACCCGCGGGACUCCCAAGACCCGUUUCCGGCCCCCCAGGACCCCCAGGACCCGGCUCUGGCCCCCCAGGACCUGGUUCUGGACCAGUUUCCGGCCCCCCAGGACCCUCAGGACCUGGUUCUGGACCAGUUUCCGGCCCCCCAGGACUGCUGCGAGCGCGUGGUCAUCAACGUGGCGGGGCUGCGGUUCGAGACGCAGCUCCGGACGCUGAACCGUUUCCCAGAAACCCUCCUGGGGAACCCCAGGAAACGGAUGCGCUACUUCGACCCGCUGCGGAACGAGUACUUCCUGGACCGGAACCGGCCCAGCUUCGACGCGGUUCUGUACUUCUACCAGUCCGGCGGGCGGCUGCGCCGGCCCGCGCUCGUCCCCGUGGACGUGUUUCUGGAGGAGAUCAAGUUCUACGAGCUCGGGGCCGACGUGGUGGACGCCUUCAGGGAGGACGAGGGUUUCCUGCGCGAGGAGCCGCGGCCGCUGCCGGCUAACGCGCUGCAGCGGCGGGUGUGGCUGCUGGUGGAGCACCCGGACAGCUCCGCCGCCGCGCGGGCCGUCGCCAUCGUCUCCGUCACCGUCAUCCUCAUCUCCAUCGUCAUCUUCUGCCUGGAGACGCUGCCCGAGUUCCGGGACGGGGGGCCGCGGCGGGCCGGCAACGGGUCGCUGGCAAGGCUAGCCAAGGUAAGAGCCGACUCCAGCGUUCUGGAUCAGCUGACGCCGGGCGGCGCCGAGGCCCAGGGGGCGCGCAGCCCCGUCACCGACCCCUUCUUCGUGGUGGAGACGCUCUGCAUCGUCUGGUUCUCCCUGGAGCUGCUGGUUCGGUUCCUGGCGUCGCCCAGCAAGGCGGCGUUCUGCCGGACGCCCAUGAACGCCAUCGACGUGGUGGCCAUCGCGCCGUACUUCGUCACGCUGGGCACCGAGCUGGCCGAGCACCGCGGCGGCGGCGCCGGGGCCGGCCAGCAGCCGGCCACGUCGCUGGCCAUCCUGCGCGUCAUCCGCCUGGUGCGCGUCUUCCGCAUCUUCAAGCUGUCGCGCCACUCCAAGGGGCUGCAGAUCCUGGGCCAGACGCUGAAGGCUAGCAUGCGCGAGCUGGGGCUGCUCAUCUUCUUCCUCUUCAUCGGCGUCAUCCUCUUCUCCAGCGCCGUCUACUUCGCCGAGACCGACGACCCGCACUCGGGCUUCGCCAGCAUCCCCGACGCCUUCUGGUGGGCCGUGGUGUCCAUGACGACGGUGGGCUACGGCGACAUGUGUCCGGUCACCGUGGGCGGGAAGGUCGUGGGCUCGCUGUGCGCCAUCGCCGGCGUGCUGACCAUCGCGCUGCCCGUGCCCGUCAUCGUGUCCAACUUCAACUACUUCUACCACCGCGAGACGGAGGGCGAGGAGCAGCCGCAGUUCACCCACGUGAGCUGCGGCCAGCCGCCGCCGUCGCCGCCAUUGUCACCGCCGCCGCUAGGAGCCUCGCCGCUCCGGUGCGGCCGAGCCUCGCCGGACCAGAACCUUUACCUGGAGGACGAGGACGACGCUGACUCCUUCAAGUUCACCAACUGCAGCCCUUACAAGGCCGGAACGGGCCGUUUGACCACCGUCUGA